CGAAAGUUAAACCAAAGAGAUAGAAUCAGUACUUAUAUCCACUUAGAAAGAAAGAGAGAAGAAAGAAGAAGAGAUCGAGACCUUGCCUUCCUCUCUCGUUCUCGCACCUAAUCCCCACCUCUCUUCGCCGGAAUUCCGACGGAAUAUUCUCAGCUUCUGGCCUCCUAUCGAUCUCUCAGGAUCCAAUUGCCGCUGGCGACGAUGGAGGAGCAGAGCCGGGAUCCGGUCGCCACUUGGACGUUCUCCGGCGAUCGAGGCUUUAUCUACUGCACCGAGAGGGACGACAGCAUCCUCGGCGACGUUGCACCAGAGGUCGGCAGUGGAUUCCUGACGUUUGAUCUUGGAGACGCCUCGGGAUUGGACAUGGUCGCGCCACCACCCGAGAAGCGAUCUCCUCCUCCUCCGCCGGUGCCGCCGCCAAAGUCCGGUGCCGGAUCCGGCGGCACGGCGUUGUCCAGCUCGACCGGCGAUCCGCCGGAGACGACGAAUAAAGUUAUCAGAAAAAGGCAGAAGCGAGCUCACCAACCAAGGUUUGCAUUCAUGACUAAGAGCGAAAUAGAUCUUCUUGAAGAUGGCUAUCAGUGGCGAAAGUAUGGGCAGAAAGCUGUGAAGAAUAGCCCAUUUCCAAGGAGCUAUUACCGGUGCACAAACAGCAAAUGCACGGUGAAAAAGCUAAUCCAGCGGUCGUCAGAGGAUCCAACGGUUGUCAUCACCACUUAUGAAGGCCAGCACUGCCACCACAGCGUAGCCUUCCCUCGUGGUGGUAUGCGUGCUCGCCAUGCUGCCGCCCUCAUGGACCAGUUAGUGCCAAGCUUGCGUUUUCCAGCGAUGCCACUCCAUGGGAACCAACCAAUGGUUCCAGGGCAAUUGGUCCAGUUCCCUCACAAAGAACAUUACAACGAGGGUCUAUUGGAUGAUAUCAUGCUCUCUACGGUGAGGAAAACGCAAGGAGAAUGAUUUAUUAUUAGAAGACUUGGUAUCACAUUGAUAAUUUUCGUUUUAAUGUUGCCUAAUAGAAAUGGCAUCCUAAUUAUCUGUGUGAUAUUCUAUUUACCUUGUGAAUAUACUGCUUAUAAGCUGUAUCAUGUGGAAAGAUUCUAACAACACAUUUUUCCUCAGUAGAA